AUGGCUACCAUUGAGUAUUUGUGGCACGAUCAUCUGUUGCACCUCAGAUCGGUGCUAGCAGGUGCUGAAGCUCGCUGCUUCGUUUGCCUGCAACCCGUAUCAGGAUACAGUUAUCGAUGCCCCAAAUGCAGUUUUUUCCUCCAUAUAUCGUGCCUCAAAUUACCCAUUGAAUCUCUACAUCCUCUACACCAAAAACAUCCUCUUGUUCUCCUUCCCCAACCACCUCACAAUGACCACAACCAAGAAGAUACAUGCAAUGAAUGUGAAAAUACUUGCUCUGGCUUCACCUACCAUUGUGCAACCUAUAUCUUCGACCUCCACCUCCACUGUGCUUCAAAACAACUCACUUUCGAUCCUGAAAUUCACAAACACUCUCUCACAUUUUCUGUAUCGCCGCCUAACAGAGAUUUGUCAUUUCGAUGCAAGGUCUGUGGUGACCUUGGUCAGAAUUUCAACCUGUAUUGUCAGGGCUGUCAGUUUGUGGUUCAUGUCGAGUGUUCUGCCUUACCAUUAACUAUAAUACGUGAGCAAGAUGAACAUCUUUUCAUCCUUGUCACCACUCGUUCUGUUGAUGAAGAACCUGAGGAAGUCUACUGCGAUAGAGUCUACAUUGCCCAUUUGGGUUGCCUCACCUCUGCUCGAAAGCCCCUUGUCAAGCUUUCAUACAAAGAUGUUGAUCCUUCAUCUGUUGAAACUUCACAUCAAUUAAACCUUGAAACUGAUCUAUCAGGCUCAGGUUUUGAUAAUAAAUUUGAGUUUCAAUCAUAUUUAAUUGAUGAUGACGAGCUUACUAAACUGAGGCGUCGUUACAGUGAGCUGCAGAUCAUGGAAAAUGCUCAGUCUAGUCAAGCAUGUGAGGAAUUACAGGUUCAACAGGCCGAGCCAAUGUAUCCUAAUGUCAACUGUAAUGUUGUGGAGCUUCAACAUUUCAGCCACCAACAUCCCUUAACCCUCAAUAAUGACCAUGAAAAGGAUGGAGCACAUUGCUCCGCGUGCUGGGGACGAAUCUCUGGCGUGGGCUAUGGUUGUGCGCAAUGCAACUAUUUUCUACACAGAUGGUGUGCCGAAUUGCCCCAGAAGAUUCAUCAUAUAAUUCAUUCUGAACACACUCUCACCCUUCUCUCCAGAGCACCACCUAAUACCUAUGGGUGCAAUGCCUGUGACGAACCUUGUGACGGCUUCACUUAUCAUUGCAAUUCCUGCUAUUUUAACCUCCAUGCUAUUUGUGCUUCAAUACCGAUCACCCUUGUAAAUGAAAUUCAUCAGCACCCUCUUUCUCUCCGUCGCAAAAGACCCUAUUCGACUAGCUGCAUAGCUUGUGGGAACGAUUGUCGUGUCACAGUGUUUCAAUGUGACGUGUGCAAUCUUGAUCUUGACUUCAAAUGUGCUUUGUUGCCGCAUAAGGUUAGAUAUAAACAUCAUAGACAUCCUCUCACUUUCAGCACUCUUGUCGAGUAUGAUUCGGAUGAGUAUUACUGUGACAUUUGUGAGGAAAGGGGAGACCCCAACUACUGGGUAUACUGCUGUUUGGAUUGCGAAUAUGUUGCUCAUAUGAAUUGUGUGGUUUCUGAGCUAAUUAGAGGUCCACCUUCAACAGGCCUCCUUCAAUACGAUCAUCAUGAGCGCCUUCUUAAUCUCAUUACAAAAUUGCCAUUCAAGCCUUCUUGA